GAUGUUCUAGCUGUGGGUGAAGGAGAAAGUGCAAAAUUUGGUGUGUCGUAUGAUCCUGUAGCACUUGAUCCAACUGUUGUCAUUUUUGAAGCUGCUGUUCUUGGCGAUGUCACAGAAGCCGACAAAGAAGAAAUCGUUGUUGUUGUUGUUGUUGUGGCAGCCGAUGUUGCUGUUUUUGUUGCAGUUGUUGUCGGAGUUGCAAUCGUUGAAGUAUCUGUUGUUGUUGCAGCUGAAAUUGCUGGGGUUGAAGCUGUUUUAACCGGUGUGGAAAUUGUUUCUGGUGUUGUUGUUGCUGUUGCUCCUGCUGCUGUGGUAAUAGUCGUUGAGUUUGUACUUGCUUUAGAAAGAUUUUCCGUUGCUGUAGUGAAGGUGAUGUUCACUGACGAUGCUGCUGUCGUUGUUGUUUUCGCUGUGAUUGUGGGUGUUGUAGAAGGAGAAGUUGUUGUAAUUGAGGUGGCACUCGUUGUUGCCGUGAAGGUUGGUUUCGGCGUUGUUGUUGCCUGCGUUGACGCUCUUGCAAGAGACUCUACUAUUCUUGAGGGAGUAGUAGUAGUCGUCGUUACUACUGUUGUAGUUGUCAUUUUCGUAGGGGUAGUAUUAGCAAUAGUAGCAUUAGUAGUUGUUGCUGUUGUCGCUGAUGUUGCUCUUGUUGUUGUUGUUGUUGUUCUUGCUGCUGUC